UAUCUGUGGGGCUGAUAAGAUGACGCUCAUCAAAGCAGCAGCAUUGCUGUUUCUUCUGCAAGGUACCAUUGCAGUAAAUGCCUCUACAACAGCACCAAAUAGAGGGUUUUCUGCUUUUCUGCCAGAAUACUCAACUACCAGAUCACUGAAGCCAAAUAGUCACCUGGAGCCAUUUGCCAAUGUGACCGGAUCUUUGGAUGACCAUGGAGUGUGCCAGUGCUCUGUGUACCUACCAGAUACUGCAUUUCCUCUGGGGAGAGUGGAGAGCCUUGAAAUCUUAGCUCAACAACUCUCUGUGAAAUUUGACAGAGAGAUUUUAAAAGUUAGCCAGUACACCAAAGACAUUGAAGUGUAUGAAAAAAGGAUUCUGAACUUAACCAGCAGGAUCCAGUAUUUGGAGAAGACUAGUGUUACUUACACUGAACUGGACUUCCAGUUGAUCAAAUUGGAAAUCAAAGAAAUGGAGAGACUGGUGACUGAGCUGAAGAUAUCUCUGACUGGGAGCAAUGUGAUUGUUGAACAGUUAUAUGUAGAGAUUAAGAAUUUAAGUCUUAUGGUGACUGAACUAGAAUCGCUGGACAAACAUAACAUCCUUGCAGUCCGCCGAGAAAUUGCAUCUCUACAAAAGAAAUUGCAGGAGUGUGAAGCAAGCAGAAACCAGAGCAUUAACCACUACUUUCCACCUGGAACCUGCGGCCAUGGUGGAAUUAUGAACAUCAGUCAGCCCUACAUGAUUCAGUUGAACUGGAGGGGAUUCUCCUUCAAACAAGGUGCCUGGGGAAGAUAUUCCUCUCCACUUGCCCCUGAAAAGGAACUUUACUGGGUUGCACCACUGACAAGUGGAAGAUACUUGGAAUACUACAGACUUCAUGAAUCCUAUGAUGACUUAUUGCUCUUCAAAUACAAAGUGGAAACUAAAUGGCAGUAUGGUGAUGGCAGUGGUGUCACUGUUUACAACAAUUACAUGUAUUUUAAUGUAUAUGGUACCAGAGAUAUAGCUAAGUUAGAUCUAGCCAGAAACACUGUGGUGCUGAGGAAACCCCUUCCAAAUGCUGCUUUUAACAACCGGUUCUCGUAUGCAGGUGUGUCAUGGCAAGAUAUGGAUUUUGCUGUGGAUGAGAGUGGGUUGUGGGUCAUUUACUCAACAGAAGACAGUACAGGUAACAUUGUGAUCAGCAAACUUAAUGAAACCUCUCUUGAUGUGCUUGAAACAUGGCAAACAAAGCAGUACAAGCCUUCAGUGUCUAAUGCCUUCAUUGUAUGUGGUGUGCUCUAUGCCACAAGGACUAUUAAUACUAGGAAAGAGGAGAUCUUUUACACAUAUGACACAAACACUGGAAGAGAAGGGAGUCUAAGCAUCAUUAUUGAUAAAAUGCUGGAAACCAUUCAGAGUAUUGGGUACAGCCCUAUAGAUCAGAAACUGUAUGUGUACAAUGAUGGAUACCUUGUUCGUCAUGACCUCGUUUUCCAGCCUAUUUUACCAGCAUAGUUUUCUGUAUAUGUUUAAAACAAACCAAUAAAUCAAGGGAACA